AGGUUUCAGAAUCAGCAUGUGUCUCUCAUAAUUAAAAAGACAGAAGCAGUCUCUGCCAGCCAAGAAACCAGCUAAAAAACUUCACCAUGGAUGCAGACGAUGAGGAGAACAUGAGUCCUGCAACGAAGGCAUUGUAAGUUACUCUUUCUGGGCACCGCAGGUUCGAGCAGCGCCGACGUUAAGGAAAACCGCAACGUGGACAACGUUCCCGCCAAGGAGGGCGGCGGGGAGGGGACCCCGCUCUCCAACGGGGGUGGCAGCAGCAGCAGGAAGCGUCCCCUGGAGGAGGGCAACAAUGGCCACUCCAAAUUCCGCCCCAAGAAGAGGAAGAAAACGCCCGGCCCCGUCCUGCCCAAGAACGCCCUGAUGCAACUCAAUGAGAUUAAACCCGGUUUGCAGUACAAACUCCUCUCCCAGACGGGGCCGGUCCACGCCCCCAUGUUCGUGAUGGCCGUGGAAGUCAACGGGCAGGUGUUCGAAGGGUCUGGCCCCACCAAGAAGAAAGCCAAGCUCCACGCUGCCGAGAAGGCGCUGCGGUCGUUCGUCCAGUUCCCCAACGCCUCCGAAGCCCACCUGGCCAUGGGCAGGACUCUGUCCGUCAACACGGACUUCACCUCCGACCAGGCGGACUUCCCCGACACCCUUUUCAACGGGUUUGAAACGCCGGUCCCUUCCGACGCCUCCUUCUACCUGGGCUCCAACGGGGACGGGGCUUUUGGCUCCGGGGGGGACUUUGCUUUGCCAUCCUCGGCCGUUCCCGGCGGCCUCUCCCAGUCGCCCCUUCCCGCGCCGCCCACCUACCCCUCCGCCAGCGGGAAGAACCCCGUGAUGAUCCUCAACGAGCUGCGGCCCGGGCUGAAGUACGAGUUCCUCUCGGAGAGCGGGGAGAGCCACGCCAAGAACUUUGUCAUGGCCGUGGCCGUGGACGGUCAGACUUUCGAAGGCUCAGGGAGGAACAAAAAGCUGGCGAAAGCCCGGGCCGCGCAGUCGGCGCUGGCGUCCUUGUUCAACAUGCAGCUGGACCAGACCCCGUCUCGCCAGCCCAUCCCCAGCGAGGGGCUCCAGUUGCACUUGCCACAGGUUUUAGCUGAUGCUGUUGCACGUUUGGUUGUAGAUAAAUUCAGUGAUUUGACAGAAAAUUUCACAUCUCCACAUGCACGUAGGAAAGUCCUUGCUGGAAUUGUCAUGACAACAGGUACAGAUGUGAAAGAUGCCCUGGUGAUCAGUGUUUCUACAGGAACCAAGUGCAUCAAUGGUGAAUACAUGAGUGAUCGUGGCCUCGCCCUGAACGACUGUCACGCCGAAAUUGUGUCUCGCCGGUGCCUGCUGAAAUUCCUGUACACACAACUGGAGCUGUAUCUCAGCAAUAAAGAAGAACAACAGAAAUCCAUUUUUAUCAAGUCGGAGCGAGGCGGGUUUAAGCUGAAGGAGAAUGUGCAGUUUCACCUCUACAUCAGCACAUCCCCCUGUGGCGACGCCAGGAUCUUCUCACCACACGAGGCAGCACAGGAGGACCAAGGGGACAGGCAUCCCAACCGCAAAGCCAGAGGACAACUGCGGACCAAGAUAGAGUCUGGGGAAGGGACCAUCCCUGUGCGCUCCACCACCACCAUCCAGACCUGGGAUGGUGUCCUGCAGGGAGAAAGGCUGCUUACCAUGUCCUGCAGUGACAAGAUAGCAAGGUGGAACGUAUUGGGUAUUCAAGGAGCCUUACUUAGCCUCUUUGUGGAGCCAAUUUACUUCUCUAGCAUCAUCUUGGGGAGUUUAUAUCAUGGGGAUCAUCUAUCCAGAGCCGUAUACCAGAGGAUAGCAGAGAUAGAAGAUCUACCACCUCUUUAUACACUCAACAGACCUUUACUUAGUGGCAUUAGCAACGCAGAAGCCCGCCAGCCGGGGAAAGCACCCAACUUCAGCGUGAACUGGACAGUCGGAGACACGGGCCUGGAAGUGAUAAACGCCACGACGGGCAAAGAUGAAAUGGGCCGGGCGUCUCGGCUGUGCAAACACGCCUUCUACAGCCGCUGGGUGCGCGUCCAUGCCAAGCUUUCCUCCAGCUUGCGCUCCAAGAUCCUCAAGCCCAACCUGUACCACGAAACCAAGCAAGGAGCCACUGAGUAUCAAACUGCCAAAGAGUGCUUGUUUAAAGCGUUCCUGAAGGCAGGACUUGGAGCUUGGGUGGAGAAACCCAUAGAACAGGAUCAGUUUUCUCUCACGGUCUAAUUCCCAGACUGCACAUCACUUUGGAAAGGGGGUCGUUCUGGAAUUCCGUGGUGUCCAGCGUUGCUUUCUGGCAUCUCCACAACCAUCAAAACAUCCUUGUACUCUUUGGAGUUGUUUCUUUUCCUUUGUUGUUGUUUUAUUUUUCAAACUUCACAGUAACUGUUUCUGGUCGGCGUAAGUAUUGAAACUCAAUGAUGAUCUGACACAGAAUUGUAUAUUUUGUUACGGGAAAGUAAUUUCUGGUGCAUUUCUGGAAAUACUUUUGCUGUAGGAAACUUGCAGUAAGGCUCUCCUUACAGUAUCCAAUGACUCAUUUUUUCUGGGUUCAAAUGAUUUCUUUUUUUUAACUCAAUGUCAUCAAGUGCAUGAAGAAAUGAAAAGUUUCUCUAGGUUUUACACCACACUUUUAGGAAGUAGCUUAAUUAUUUUUUUUAAAGAAAAUAGGUGACAAAGCUGAUUCUUCUCCUCUGUUUACUUGAUUUUGAACUGCAGGUAUUUCUAGCACAUAGACCACAGAGCCAGAACGGAGUCUGGACAGCUAGUUUUUCCCCACUUCCUUGCUCUUUAAAACCAGCUGCUGAAAAUUUAAUGUCUUUGAUGUAUGUAUUUAUUAGCCUGUGACCCAGUUUUUAACAUGCAGCUUUUGAUUCUGUUUUUAAAAAUACAUUUACCUCCCGUUUA